GGAACAUAAAAGAAGGAGGGAGAAACUGGAAGACCACAAAUUCCUUCUGGGUGCAAGGCACAGCAGACUGAUCUGAACUUCUCUCCAGCGGAUCUUCAUUGCUCCAGUCUCUGAAAUAGCUAUGGCAGCAGUUCCUGAACUCAGCAGCGAAGUGACAGCUUACCACAGUGACGAAAAUGAACUGUUCUUUGAGGUCGACGGCCCCAAUAAGAUGCAGUAUUGCUUCCAAGACCGGGACCUCUGCUCUCUGGAUGAGGGGAUCAAGCUGCAAAUCUCCCAUCAACACUUCAACAAGAGUUUCAGGCAGACCGUCUCACUCAUCGUGGCAGUGGAAAAGCUGAGGAAAAAGCUGGCUCCUUGCACAUGGGCCUUCCAGGAUGAUGACCUGAGACCCUUGCUUCCCUUCAUCUUUGAAGAAGAGCCCAUCGUCUGUGACACGUGGGAUGAGGAGUAUGAGAGCGACACGCCUGUCCCAUCACGGAACUGCACACUCCACGACAUACAGCAUAAACGCCUGGUGUUGUCUGACCCAUGUGAGCUGAAAGCUCUUCAUCUCAAUGGAGACAAUCUGAACCGACAAGUGGUGUUCUCCAUGAGCUUCGUACAAGGAGAAAGAAGUGAUAACAAAAUGCCCGUUGCCUUGGGCCUCAAGGGGAAGAAUCUGUACCUGUCCUGUGUGAUGAAAGAUGGUAAACCUGUCCUGCAGCUGGAGAGUGUAGAUGGCAAACAGUACCCAAAGAAGAAGAUGGAAAAGCGAUUUGUCUUCAACAAGAUAACCAGCAAAAGCACAGUGGAAUUUGAAUCCGCUCAGUUCCCCAACUGGUACAUCAGCACCUCUCAAGCAGAACAUAAGCCUGUCUUCCUGGGAAAUAACAAUGGCCAGGAUAUAAUUGACUUCAAGUUAGAACUAGUGUCUUCCUAAAGGGCAUCGCACCCAUGGGUCCACAUCUGUUGAAUGUAGCCUUGAUCCUCAGAGCUGAAAUAAGAAGAUUUGAGCACAGCUGCAGACUGGACUUAAUUGAUACCUAUUGACAUCCAGCUGUCUUCCCUUAGAGCACGCUAAGGGGUGCUCUUGCCACCAGCCCAGGCAACAGCUCUCUCUCCUCUCCCUUCUCGCCUCUCCUGCUUCCUCCAAGUUGAGCUGGUAGAGACUCCAGCACCUUCUGCUCAAAGACACCCUCUAUCUUUUGCUUCCUGCUCCUGUUAAGCAACCACUUUCCUAUUUAUUUAUUUAUUUAUUGCUUGAUUGAUCUAUUUAAUUUAAUUCAAGGAUGACAAGAGGCAGCAGUGCCUGUGGAAGCGCCUGGUCUUUAAUAUUUAUGAAAUGAAUGUAAUUUGGGCUGGUACAUUGUCAGCAUCAAAUGUUCAUUAGGAUUGAAAAUAGAUAAAUUCAGAUAAUGUAGGUGAAAAUUCUGAUGAAUAAAAAAGUAUGAUCCCACUGUCUGAUAGUUCUGAAAUAAACUUCACUUCAAAACAAAGAA